AGGACAUCAACAACGUCAACAGUAAACGAAUCUUCUACUGUACGAAUACUUGUUACGAUGAGCGAGCAAGUAAAAUAAGAAUCGCGCAGCAAUGCAGGAUAAUUGCUCUCCCCUGAACAGUGAAUCAACCGAGCAGUUGACCGCUGACGCUGAGGUGGAAAGGGGAGGCUCGUAUCUCCAGAUGAGCGGUCCUCGUUUGUAAAACAUCAAAGUGUGUGGUACGCAGCCGUCGCCGGGCAAGACGGAGAAAGCAGGUAAUGUAGGACCCCUUUCGCGACGGGCGACGCGAUAAUGAGAGGAGGAAAAAAGGGGUUCGGCAGUUCCUAUUGCACCAGCAGCUGCUGAAAAUAAGCGACAAGAAGAAGGGGUACCGCUUACGAAGGUCCACCUGCUUCAUCUGAAUGGCGACGAGUGGGUUGUCAAAGACGUGCCCGAGACCAUCACUGUGCGCGAAGUUAAAAAGAUAUUUUGCGAGGACGCCAGGAACGCGCUGACGUCGUCCACGAUCGUCUACCCCUGCUUACGGUGCCCCGAGACCGGGACCGUGCAAGAAAAAAGGUACGAGAGGUCCGACCUCAUCGCCGACUGCACUUACUUCCCACCCGAGGUGCUGUGCUUCGUCGACGAGUAAAAUAAGUCCAUCCUCGAAGACUCCACCUUCAUGUCGUCGUGCAAUUUCACCGCGGGCGUGAUGUUUCGGUCGGAGGCGAUCUGACGAGAGGAACUGGCGAAACCGCUGCUGAACAAGCUGACGAAUGGGAGCCCUUUUUGCAAGGUGUUACUGGAGUUGCGGCAAUGGAACCUCGCGGAGUCGCGCCUGAAAGAGUGGGUGCAGGACUACUGCGAGAAUUACUGGCCCGGGAAGUUGUUGUUAGCGGACGCGCUCGACUGGCAGUAUUACGUGAACCUGUACUGCCUGAUGGAAAAGGGGUGGAUGGGGAUCCUGCAGGAGCCCUCUGAGGACUUAGGGAACCUGAUCGCGGGGGUCGUGCUGCAGAAUUUUUCGGAGAAAAAACCGAUCAGCAUGCGGCCGCCCAGGAGGGGGAGGGAGCGAGCCAACACCAGGGCGGGGGCUGCGCCAGUCAACCGUGCCGGUGCAGUCGCUGUCAACAUGGGGGCGGCACGAGUCAAUCUCAAUGUUGGAGUGGCCCAGGCCCACCUUGGAGUGCCUGACGCCAACGCGGGGGACGCGGGAGGUCCAGUGGUCAACCUAACAGUUUUACCAGUCGACGUUGUGGUCCACCCCGACGCAGGAGAUCGAGUCGUGAACAAAGCAAGGCCAGUCACUGUCCGUCCAGUCAAUAGAGCAGAACCCGUCAACGGGGCAGCACCAGUCAACUGGGCGGUACCAGUUGGCGGAGCAGCCGAGGUCGUCAAUGCGGCACCACUUCAUGUGGGUUGAGGCCCUCAUCCCCGUACACUAGGCGCUCACCUGGACGUGGUUGCAGUUGCACUACGCAGGGCGGUGGUAAUCAACGCUGGUCUAAACGUCACCCGAGCAGCGUUUCAAAAUGGACCGGAUCCAGUCACCCCUGGUCCGAUGAUCGACAGGGACAGGUGGCCGCCCCGCACCGAUCCAGACAGCGCCGAAGCACGGAGGGUGCGCCAGCUCGUUGGGGAUGGUGGCGGAGUUUUGUUGCCACAGACUCAGGAGCGCGUCCCAACUGGCGCAGCUUUCCGUGACCCUGUCCGGCUUUGCUGGAGAGCUUAGGAUUCGGAGACAAAUUUUGCACAUUUUUUUGCCACGAUGUCAAUCCAAUAAAAGAGAUAACUGAUUCAUUGUCAUACACACACUAGAACUAGACAGCCAUGAAAUGGAAAGACGGCCGCACUACAAGUAGGGUCGUGAGUGUCAUUAUCAUGGUUCUGCGGUGGAAUGAUCCGCUCUUCUGCUGAUCCAGAACCUGGUGCUGCUCAAGUCUUCA